AUUUUUUAUAAUGUUUGAUUUGGCUGUUUUUUUUCCAACAGGAAUCAAAGAACGUUUCGCCCUAAAAAAAGUGCUCCGUCGGGCAGUAAGGGUGCACAGCUUAGAAAGCAUAUCGAUGCUACUUUAGGUAGUGGGAACUUGAGAGAAGCUGUAAGGUUGCCUCCAGGGGAAGAUAUCAAUGAAUGGCUUGCUGUCAACACUGUAGAUUUCUUCAACCAGGUGAAUCUUCUCUAUGGCACCCUCACAGAGUUCUGUACGGCCGAGAUCUGCCCUACAAUGUCUGCCGGGCCUAAGUAUGAGUACAGAUGGGCAGAUGGCGUACAAAUUAAGAAACCUAUCGAAGUUUCGGCUCCUAAGUAUGUCGAAUAUUUGAUGGACUGGAUCGAAACCCAGUUAGAUGACGAGUCCUUAUUUCCUCAAAAGCUUGGUGCACCAUUUCCUGCUAAUUUCAGGGAUGUUGUGAAGACUAUAUUUAAACGUCUAUUCCGUGUAUAUGCCCAUAUAUACCACUCCCAUUUUCAGAAGAUUGUGAGCCUUAAGGAAGAAGCCCAUCUAAAUACCUGCUUCAAGCACUUUAUACUGUUCACAUGUGAAUUUACGCUGAUCGACAAGAAGGAACUUGCUCCACUCCAAGAGCUCAUAGAAUCCAUUGUCCCUUAACAUACUUGAUGCUAUCGAAACUGAUCUUAUGUAGAGAGAUGAAAUUAAGUGUUUGCUUAAAUUUCCGAGUGACCAUUGUUAGUGUAAGUUAUGAUUCGCAGUUAUUGUACCGUGUUACUGUAAAUCUGCUAGUGUUCUUGAUACUAUAUAUGAACCUCUUGUUCAAAAGUAUGUUAAUGCCAAGACAAGUUUGUCUCUGUGAUAUUAUUAGCGUAGGCAAGAGUGUUUCGAACAUCUUCGUUUACUUCUUUGAACAUUAAUUAUGACUUGAAUAAAAAUAAAAAUUGUAU